AUGCCAAAUAAAAGUGUACUUAAAAUUAUUGGUCCAGCCUAUUCAAACGAAGUACCAUUCAUUUUAUCAUAUACAGCUAGUGUUGGUAUACCGUAUGAUGCAACAAAUUCUGAUUUAUCCAACACAAAUAAAUAUUCAUCGUCUUAUUAUCUUAUACCGUCAGAUCAGUUAAAAACAAGUUUUAGUAGCAAUAGCUAUCUGUAUACUUUUUGUUGUUCAUUUUAUGAAACAACACGAUUAGAGGAUGCUGAAUAUGAUGAUGUACAAAUACAACCUAGAAAACAACAACCUUGUUGUACUGGAAAACCUGAAGGAAGAUAUCAUGUGCACAAUUGUGGUGGGAAAUGUUGUUCCGAUGAUUCUAUACAUCAGCCAGGAAUGGGAAGAAUUGGCACGGUUAGUGUAAGACAAACGAAAGAUUUAGAUGGACAAGAUAUAUGUGGUUAUUGUUUUCCAAAUUAUAUUUCUAAAUGUAACGUCAAUUGA